AUGAACUACAUGUCGCCAUCGUUGGCUAACUCGACAGGUGCCGGCAUCGGUGGCCUCGCUUUGGCCAUGGCCCUGCACAAGAAGGGCAUCUCCUUCACGUUAUAUGAAGAUGCAAAGGAAUAUCCGGCAGGUGAGGACGCACAAGAUAUCUUCUUUGAGGGUAUGCCGCUUGAAGAGGGUCUUGGUCGCGAUAAACCAUGGUAUGGUCAUUCCGGAUGGGGCCACCCGAAUUACAUCCGCAAGUCUGCGCAUCGCAAGACCCUCCUCGACAUCAUGACCAGCUUCAUUCCCAUCGAGAACGUCAAGUUGAAUAAGCCUGAGUGCUCGGUGCUUGCUGGUGCAGAUGGCAUCAAGAGUGCGGUGAGGGCGCAUGUCCUUGAGAAAUACCCCAGCCAGAUCACGUCCGUGUAUGCGGGUGCUUACUGCUAUCGCGCUGUCAUUCCAAUAUCAGAAGCGUAUGAGAUUCUUGGUGAUCUUACCGACGUUGCCAACUUCUACUUCGGAUCCAAGCGCAGCGCUAUUACCUAUCGCAUUACAGGUGGUGAAGAGUUCAACUAUCUCCUUUGCGUAGCCGAUUCCCUGGACGGCUGGAAGGUCAAGGGCGCUGUUACGGAGACCAUCUCUCACGAAGCCAUGAUGGCCGACUUUAAGGGCCCAGGCGGUUUCUUCCAUCAUUUCCGCACAGCAUCAUACUACCGUGGUCGGGUAACUCUAGUCGGUGACAGUGCCCACGCCUCGCUACCUUUCCAAGCCGCGGGAGCAGCCCAAGGCCUAGAAGAUGCCCUAGUCCUAUCGAACGUUCUCGCCGAGACUGCUAAGUUUCCUCAGCGUGGUGGAGAGCUCGCGCCCUUUAUCCAAGCAGGACUUUCUGCUUACGACUCCGUCAGGCGUCCUUGUGCGCAGAAGCGGCUAGAACAAGCCGCCGAGGUUGGCCGUAUGAUCUUCUUUCAACAUCAAGAGGCUGGUGAUGAUAUGGAUAAGAUUCUACCCAAGCUUCAGCAGGGAAGGUUCAACUAG